CUGUCGACUGGAAUGGAUUCAGCUGUACAUGCAUGCGCUCGCGCACUCAACGUUGUCAUAUAAACAUAAACCCAUGUUUAUAUAUAGGUAAACAGAGAUAUAUGUAUAGUCAAUAGUAGACUGAAGUAUUGGAUUGAAGCUGCCAUUUUAUGACCCGAAACGUUAUAUAUAAAUAUAUACCACAUUUGCAGGUGUUUGCAAUAGGAACAAAGUCAUCCUUGUCAAACGGCCACCGAAGAGCCAAUCACAUUGCAGGAAAACGCGCAAUGUAGUCGCCACUUGAAGAGAUCGCGUUUGCAUCUGUAAAUAUUUAUCAAUAUUAAAAUCCUCUCAAUAUAAUAAAACUGCAUUCUGUAAUUCCUAGCUGCCUUCAAAUUAAAGCGUCUGUCUGUCUUACAUGAAAUGGCUGUCUUAUUAAGUAUUUGUGCGUUAAUUUUCAUCUCAGAAAUACCACAACCAGGCGUGUGCUCAAAGCAAGCAAUGUUUCACAGAAAUGUACAAAAAUACUUGACAAAUCAUGUCAUCGAAACAAAACAGGCAGAGAGCGAGCUAGAAUGUGGCGUGUAUUGCGUUAGACAUGGAUCAUGUGCGUCAGUCAAUUACAAAACUUCUGGAAUUGAUAAAGGUCGGUGUGAGCUCAACAAUAAAACAAUUCAAGAGACAUCCGAUGCUGAUGAGAAAACACAUAACCCAGAAUUCAACCAUAUUGCUAUAAUUAAACAAGUAAGUAAAGUUAUUAGGAUGUUAGGGUUUGUAAUCCAAGUGAGAAUAUAUACAUUUUAAGACCUAACCGGGAACGACUGCGAAAAAUGCAGCACAAGGUCCUCUGGUAGGAAUUGAACCUACGCGGCCCUGCGAUUCCGGUGCAGCGCUCUAACCAACUGAGCUACAGAGGCCAGCUGUUGAGCUGUAACCGUAAGUUCAUGUAUAUAUAGGUAAUCGGGUGUGCGGGUUGUGAUAAGGUGAACUUGAAUGACUUAGAUUCUUGCACUUCAUUUGGUGGAAUUAAUAUUAGAAUGUUAGGGUUUGUAAUCCAAGAGAGAAUAUAUACAUUUUAAGACCUAACCAGGAACGACUGCGAAAAAUGCAGCACAAGGUCCUCUGGUAUAGGAAUUGAACCUACGGCCCUGCGAUUCCGGUGCAGCGCUCUAACCAACUGAGCUACAGAGGCCAGCUGUUGAGCUGCUUAGGCCUUAAAAUGUAUAUAUUCUCACUUGGAUUACAAACCCUAACAUCCUAAUAUUAAUUCCACCAGGUGAAGUGCAAGAAUCUAAGUCAUUUUAAGUAAAGUUAUCCACUUCAUUUUUCACAGUUGCUAUAUAAUAGUUUUGUUUGUGGAAACACCACGUAAAUUUAUAUUACUGCACUAAUAAAUUUACGUGGUGUUUCCACAAACAAAACUAUUAUAUGUUUUAUCGCCAUGCGAACAUACAAAGAAUUUAUAGUUGCUAUAUAGCAUUACAAUACUCAAUAGGGUUGAUGGCAACAAAAAAAGAUACUGCUGAAGAUGAAUCAAAAUAGAUUCGAAAUAUGCAGGGUUUUUUAAAUAGAUGUGUUGUUAUAAUGCAUACAUUUUUCGGAAUAACAUUAGUUUUAUAUAUGCUGAAACUAUAUCAGCAGGUGAAUUAAGGAUACUAUAAUGCCUUAACUUUCACAUUGAGGGAAUUUUCAGAAUUUCAUACAUGAUAAAAUAGCUAUCACAUCUAUACUCAUUUUAAUCCAGUGAUAUUUGACUGAUCAAAAUAAGGUGGAAACACCAAUAUUCCAACAUAUUAUUAGGUCAAAAGCGUUUUAUAGUAUGCUUGCAUUACUCUAAAUGUAAUGAUAUCUGGGGCAGGUUGUAUGAAAAAGUGAUUAAAGUUAACUAUGGUUAAGUGCAAACGUCAUCCAAUAAGAAGCGCCUAUUUGAAAAAAAAAGUAAUCACGAGUUUUAUACAACCGGGUCCUGCAUGGGGCCGGUUGUACGAAGGUCAGAUGGCGCUAUCCAGUGGUGUAGUGACUUUUUCAACCUUUGUAAAAUGCUUGAAAAACUGUGAAACUACGGAUAUAGAGGACACAAGAAGUAUAAAAAAACAUUUAACUUAUAAAUAGUAAACUUUAAUACGAGUUAUACCAUUCAACGACUGAUUUAACAAAGUUUUAAAAAAUCACUAUCCCGUGGAUAGUGCCAUCCAGCCUUCGUAUACAACCGGCUCCUGAUCCCUACCCUAACAUUGCAAGCGAGUUCGUUUAGUGUAAAAAUUAGUGAUAGUCCGCUCUGACGCUCUGGCAGAGCAAUAAAAAUAUCCUAAAUUCGCUAUUUCGACAAAGAAAAAUAGGUAUUUAUAAUUACUCUGUAUGGCCUAUACUUACUACACAGAUUUGCCAUUGAUACACUAUAUGUAAAACGAGUACCGAUAUAACUAAAACGAAGAUAUAAGGAUCGCUUUCAAUAUAGGUUCUCUUUGCAGAAUGUUGCAACAAAACGAUAUAUAUUUAAUCGAAAUUCAUGCAACGGUCCUCAUUUAAUUAACGAACAUUUUUAGGUGUGGCAUAAAUAAACGAGUAUACUCGUAAAUAAAGCUGUUUAAGGAUAACAUAUAUACAACCUGUAAUAUUAUGUACCUGGUGCGUAACACUAAACGUGAUUUGCUGAUUACUGGUCACGUACGUGGCUUUUGAUGAAUGCAAUAUUUUCCACCGGGACACAAGUAAAAAAUUGUUGCCCUCUCUGACAGGCUACUAUAUACGUAAACAAAUGAGUGGAACCGAGAUAACUUUUUACAGUUGACAAAAAGAAUACAUGCAGAUAGGCUUCGGUGGCGCCACCUUAAGUAUCUCUAUAGAAGCCGAAUGUUUAAGUCUUUUGGUGGGAUAAAUACUACGAUUAAUAUAAUAUGAUUGUUUUUUAACCCAAUGCAAAAAUAUUGAACCUUUGAUUUAUUAUAGCGAAGUAAUACCACCAAAUAUGACAGGGGACAUUUUUUUGGGACACCCUGUAUAGGCGACAGGAAAUUUUGCCCAAGCUUUUUUACAAGGUUCUUGUAAGUGUGAUAUUGUACAUAUUAUUAAAGGAUUUUCAUUCAUUAAAUGAAAAUGUUGUGUGAAUUUUGUUUACUUUUUCUGGCUUGCUAUAUAUAAAACAAAACACUUAAUGUCUGUUUUCUCGGAACAUAGACCACUUGCAGUACAUAUAGUCACUACAGUAUAUGUAUAGUUCGGGUCUAUACGUGUGUAGCAAGUUUUGUUUUCCUUCGAGCUCAAUGUUUCUCUCGACUUAGUUUUAGGAAACAUCUGUUUAUGAGGGCGAGUUACCCACAGGGCCGCCGAGAGGGGGGCCAAGGGGGCACUUUGCCCCUGCCCCCAGCUCCCCAAUUAACAAGGCAAUUUCUCGAUUUGAAUUCGUUCCACAAGCAUGAGCAUGCAUGGUCAGCGUGAAUAUAUAGCUAUAGGGAAUCAGUAUCCUUUAAGCAGACUACAAUUUUUGUUCUUAAUUUCCAGAAACACCCAGAACCACUUUCAAGAAGCGCUCCGCCUCAGGCAACACAAAAAUCAUCAUCAAGUAAGGUUUAAAAUCAUAUAUAUUAACCCAUUAUAACUACACGACUAAUCAGGAUUGACCUCAUGUACACAAGUAAAAAAUUGAUUGUAUGGUUGGAAAAGGUUCAGAGUAAUUGCGAACAUCUAUUCCGCAAUCUACGCUAUUUUUACCGAAAUUAUCCUCGCACUGGCCCCACAAUUAAAGCCAGCGAAAAUUAAAGAUGAUACUUGACAAUAAUGCUUUGAUUGACGUGAACUCUCAUUAUCAUAAAAAAAUAUAUUUGUAUUUAACUUCCUCAUAAUGUGCUAACCUUUAUAUAGCAAAAUCCAAAAGGUUUAACAACUCAGUCAAUAGGGUGAUAGAAUAUAUUAAUGUUUGCAGUGAACUUUCGUAAUGCGAACUUCUUCUUUAUGGCAGAAGGUUUAACAAGUCAUCCAACAAGUAAGUUCACACGGAUCACGGUAACUAUAGGGUAAAAAUUAUUUCAGUGAUAAUAAAUAAUGCGAAUGGACCUAUUCCCUAAUGGACAAAAGUUUGAUCUAGACAAGUCUAGACAACAAUUUCAUCACAGCUUGAAAGAGCAUCACAAAAUUAGUAAUAUUCCGAAGUUUCGUCGCGAAAUGUUGUAAAAUGCGGAUAAUAUAGCCCUGCGAAGUUUGCCGUUUUUCAGUCAUUUUGUAUUACGCACGGGAAAUUAAUACCGCUUUCUGAAAAAAGGUAUCAAUUUCCCGUUUAUUUGUAAUGCAAAAUUACUGAAAAACGGCAAAUUUCGCAAGGCUAUAUUAUCCGCAUUUUACAACAUUUCGCAACGAGACUUCGGAAUAUUACUAAUUUUGUGAUGCUCUUUCAAGAUGUGAUAAAAUAUUUGUCCAGACUUGUCUAGAUCAAAAUUUUGUUCAUUAGGGAAUAGGUCCAUUGUCUACUUCCGUACGAUUUUUAGAUGAAUCACAGUCUCUUAUAGAGUCACAAGCGAAGAAGUGGAGCACACGACUAUAAUUUUCAAAUUAAGAUCAUCCUGUUUUUAUAAUUGACCACAAUACUAAAUAAAACAAAAAAAAUAAUAAUCUAUAUACCAUGUUAUAAAAUUGAAAAUUUAUUUCCUAGGCUAAUAGUUAAGAGAAUUUCAUUUUAUAGCAAAUCAAGAACUGUUAUCAUCUUGUAAGGAACUACUGCAAAGAAACAGGUUUGUGAGUCACCACAACGUUGAAGGAUUUUGUAGGCUAGAUAAAAAUUUCGAGUGUAAAUUUUAUACAUCUAGUCGGACCUAACCAGGAGCAACUGCAGCAAAUAAAACUAUAUGGGUCCGCUAGCAGAAAUCGAAUCUGCAGCUCUGCGAUACCGGUGCAGCACUCUAACCAACUGAGCUGUAGAGUCCAGUAUACCAUUACUGUGUGUCAUAUCGAAAAACGAAAAAAAAGGGAUACGGCAAUAUAUAUUUUCAUUAUUUCAUUAGAACUUUUAAAAUUAUAUGUUAAUCUCCUUUACAGAUUUUGCGUAACUUUAUUAUUUCUUGAAAUAUUUUGACUUAAAAUAAUUUGCUGUCCGCCAUCUUGGAUUAAUUUUUUAUCUCAUUAUCGGUGAUUUUACUGACGUCAUAAGCAAAGUUAGCCAUAUAAAACUGCAUAUAAAUGACCAAAUAACAUUAAGUCUUGUUUGAAAAGUCGUCAGACAGUUUUUUAUUUCAAAUAGUUACUGAAGUAUAUGAUUUUCGGCUCACAAUAACCAAUUGCUCUAUGGAUAAAAUUCUUGCGUGACCCUGCUUAUGAUGUCAUAUGCAUGUCAUAAUUAUUUUUUUCUCAAAUGUAAAUAGUCGUAAUCCUUAAUACUUUUUAUGCCUGUAAAUAUCAAAAUAGUGCGAGGGCCGUAUGUUAGAUAACUUUUACGGUUAAUACGUUUUCCCUCGUGAAAUAAAGUUUCUAUUCUAUUCUGUUCUAUUCUAUUCUAUUCUAUGCAUAUCCGCCAAAAUCCAAGAUGGCGGAAAGCUCGCUGAUUUGUGAAUUUUUCUGUUCAAAUAUCUCAAGAAAUAAUAAAGUUACGCAAAAUCGGUAAAAGAGAUUAGCAUAUAAUUUUAAAAGUUCUUCCAAAUGAAAUAAUAAAAAAAUAUAUUGCCGUACCCCUUUAAUAAUGAAAAGCAUUCGAUUUGAAAUGUUGUGGUAUGGUUGAUGUCUCGACAUUCUAAAGGGACUUUGAGAGCUAGAGCAGUUCAAAUGAAACUGAUAUGCAUGGAAUCGAACUAUUCGACAUAAUGAAGUUAGUUUAAUCAAAUUGUACUUUAUAAUGUCUUAUGUCUUUAUAAAUAUAAUAUCUUCUAUAUACCACAAGCAAGCAAGUAAAGAAUAGAAUCAGAAAUUUUUCGUAGCUUAUUGGAAAUGUGGUGCAAAUACCUUAUUCAAAAACUUCGGACCAAGUUGGGGUUUACACGCGAUGUUACAAUAUGGUCUUGCUAAUAUUCACAAAACUUCGUACUAUUUAUAGGUCACUCAGCAAUGGUGUUUACCAACUACGAAAUAAUGAUUCACUCCAACAUUAUAAAGUUUACUGCCACAUGACUGAAUUAUCUGGAUGUGGCCAAGCAGGUUGGACACUAGUGAUGAAAGUAGAUGGGAGCAAGGUACGAAUAAUCUUAGCCUAACAUAAUCUCUUCGAAUGCAUAUAAACAUGCAUGACAAGCAAUAAUAUACAGGGUGUAUAAAAAAACUGAACAGAUUUGAAAUUGCUCUUAAUUUCGCAAACAGCUACUAGUAUCCAGUUUUUGAUGUAUAUAGCUUCUUUGGGUUCUUAUAAUGUAGGAAAAUGAAAAAAAUUUCUCGAACUCAAAUUUUGUGAACCAGGGGGGUGUCUUUUCCAACAAACUAAAAAUGGCUUGCGCACGAAAUGUAGAAGCUUUCAUCGUAUUUUAAGUUAAUAGGUGGAAAAUUCGUUGGGUUUUUAAUUACUGUACAAAAUUUCAGACAAUUCUCUUUAGUUUAACCCCUUUAACGAUUCACGCAAACUCGCAUAUUCUCUUAAAAAAUCAGCUAUUUGCAUGCUAAUUAAUGCCUUUGCUUAAUUUGCAUAUGUCAGCAAUAUGCAAAUUAGGUAAAGGCAUUAAUUAAGCAUGCGAAAGGCGGAUUUUUUAGGAAAAAAUGAAUAGUUAAAGGGGCUUAAACUAAAGCAAAUUGUCUGAAAAUUUGUACAGUAAUUAAAAACCCAACACGUUUUCCAUCUAUCAACUCAAAAUUCGAUUAAAGCUUUUAAAUUUCGUACGAAAGCCAUUUUUAGUUUGUUGGAAAAGAUACACCCCCUGGUUUACAAAAUUUGAGUUCGAGAAUUGUUUUAUUAUUCUACAUUAUAACUGUCCAAAGAAACUAUAUAUAUAUCAAAAACUGGAUACUAAUAGCUGUUUUGCGAAAUUGAGAGCAAUUUCAAAUCUGUUCAGUUUUUUUUUAUACACCCUGUAUAGAGAAAUGAGUACACUUUUUGCUUUACAGAAUGACUUCAACUACAGCUCUCCUUACUGGACAAACAAGGAAACCUACGCAAUUGAAGAUGGGCUUCAAGGUUUGAAUGAAAAACAAACAAAACUCGCUUCUUACUGGAACACGCCGUUUAACAAAAUAUGUCUCGGAAUGAAAGUCAAUGGUGCUACAAAAUGGAUAGCGUCAAACUACACCACCAUCUCGUUACAUAGUGUGAUCGAAGACGGGACAUUUAAAAGAACAACCAUUGGAAAGGAAGCAUGGAAAUCUCUUAUCAAUGGUUCGUCAUUGCAAAAAAACUGUAAUCAAGAAGGUUUCAAUAUGGUCACCAAAAAUAAGUUCAAACGUUAUGCAUUUGCUUAUACCAAUGUACGGAUUGGAUUAGUGGCAAAUAAUCAAAACGACUGCGAGAGUUGUAAUUCGUGUAUUGGCUUUGGUACUUCGGUACUUGGAUGUGAUGGCGAUGUGAGAAAUACAUCUUGCGGUAAUAUAAUGACUUUUUACUGUAUUAAUCCAGAAAAUAAUGACACUGCAGCGUUUGGAUACAUACUUGUACAGUAGCAUUGCAAUAAUACUCGGGACCAACUCAGAUAUAUACCAUGUAUACAUCAAAGUUUAAAGUUAGAGACUUGUUUGCUUUGACUAUUGUAUUUAUUGUCUGUUUUGAGAAAAGAAUUCCAGACAAAAAUGGAUUUAUUAGAACAUGCAUCCAUAAUUAUGUAAUGGUGAAACAUAAUUGGAAAUGGCUAUGGCAAUUUUUCAUAGAAACUGUUAGCAUUGAAGAAAAUGAAGGUUGAUUUAUUAUAUAUCGUUAUUUCUAACGUAGUUUUAACUUGUACAUGCUCUUAAUUUGUGAAAUAGAUUUUCCAAAAUGGUGUAUAAGUGCAUUUGUGAAGUUUAAUGAAAAACGUCUAUUGCCUCAUAUUCUAUAUAUCUUAGAAAUCAGAAGUUGCAUAUGUAUGGAUUGUAAUGGAUUGUCAUCGACCACCAUGUAAGCUCGCUUUUUAAUGUGAUCGCAAGCGGGGUCUCCACUACAACAACCGCUGGAAGGAGUAGUUAGAAAUCGCUCAUCGCAGGCUCGUCUUACAAUCCAACUGCAACGAUGAAGGGUCAGUUUAAUGUGAAAUAUCAAACUAGCCAUGUCUGCAUGCAUGCUAGGAUUGCGUUAGGUCGCACACUAAUCAAAACAAUUGCAAUAUACAUGUGAUUCGCGGUAUAUCGGAUUUGCGGUUUCUUUUUAUGCUUGUUAUAUGGGCAGUCUCCAAUAACAUGUGGAAAUUUUUCCGUUUGUCACAAAACAUCUCAUUACAAUAAGGACACCUUACAGCAUUUGGAUCUAUACUCGUGCAGCAUGCAGUAAUGUACAAGUAUAAGUACAGACGAUUUCAUUAUAUUCUGACCCUGGUAAUGGCACAAGUAUAUAAUAAACAGGUUAUCAUAAAUGUCACGAGUGAGCAUACACAUACAGUACAUAUCUGCAUAUAUAUAAAAAUUUUAAUUUAAUCCAAAUCUAAUGUCUAUAAGAGUCUGAACGGUAUGUUUAAUUUGCAGGUAAGCAGAUUAAUUUUUGGACAAUUUUUACUUGCGGCUGAGUUCAUCACCAGACAGCACACAAAGUUUACAUAAGAUAUAUUUGCAGGCAAGAGAACACUUUGUAACCAGAGAACUUCGUUAACGAUGUUAUACUUUUUCGCUAGAUGGGUAAUACUUUCACUUUACAUCGUUCGGUUAAAACUGGUAUACAGCUCUGAAGAAGUUUUAUUUGAUAGACAUGCGGACAGCUAUUUAGACGGUUUUGUUAUUAGAGCAAAGCGUACAAAUACUGAAGUUGAAUGUGGAAGUUACUGCAUGAGCGAGCCAUCGUGUGUGUCUGCGAAUUUCAUGGUUCAAGGAGUAAACAGGGGUCUGUGUGAGCUCAAUAGCGAAUUAUUGGAAGACUUUCCUCAGAAGAAAAUUCAAAAUACUGAUUUUGUCUAUCUUGCAAUUCUUGAGAAGGUAAGAAUAUUAUAAUUAUUUAGAAACUAUUCCGAAAAAAGUGUGCACUAUUGUACAAUUGUUUUAUUACAAAGCGUAUAUUUCGAACCUAUACAUGACUCAACGUCAGCAGGAAAAGAUGGAUUCAAAAUACAUAAUUUCAACAAAAAUUGUACAUAAUAAAUCAACACUUUAUUCAGAAUUUUAUUUUAUAUUUUUUAUUUUUUAUUUUAUCUAGUAUUUAUGUGUUUGCAUGCUGUAUUUGAAAUAAAACUUUCGAGCAAUAGAAUUUCAUUUGGUUUUUUAACGCACACAAUUCCGAAAACGAUUGAACAAAUUUAGAUUAAUUUUUGGACUGCAUGCAAAAGUAAUUAAUUCAUGCACUGCAGACAACCCUUUGAAGCAGAAAAUAUAGAACGUUCAAAUGAUUGUGUAAAAUAAUUAUUUAUAGUCGUGGCUAUUAAAAAUGGGUUAUACACUAUGUGUCGUACAUUCCUUUUGAAAACCUUCUUAAAGCGCUCUCGUUGUCUCCAACUUAACAGCUACAGCAUUUAGAAUUUUAAGUAAUUAAAAGGAAUUAAUUCAAUAAAAAUUUGAUGAAAAAUCCAUCCGCAAUACAAUAUAAUCAUGCAAGCUGCAUAAACAGCGAAACAUCGCGGAAAGGCAAAGUUUGUGGACUCUACAAUAAAAUGAUCGCGAGUUCUUUAUGAAGGAUUAGCCCAGUCCCAUGCAUAUCGUAUUUACAAAUAUGUCGAAAAAUAUCAUAUUUACUGGAUGACGAAUGUCAAUCAGUGAUAACGAUCAACUGCAUGUGCAUGAUAAGAUUUACCUAGUAUGUUAAUAUAGAAAAACAGCUGUUUUGUUAUCUUUGUUAACAGUGUGCAUGUCAAGGACAUUUCUGGGGUAGGUAUUUUUCGAGUUAAGCCCUUCGAGUUAAGCCCUUUUCGAGUUAAGUCCCUGCCACGCCCUUUUUCGCCGGGGGCUUAACUCGAAGUCAAUUAACGAUUUAAGCAUUCGAGUUAAGCCCCGACAUUUGGUGGAUGUAAACAAGUGAUGCGUGUAUACUCGCAAAAAUAUUGGCAAAUAUAUGUAAGGAGGGAGAAUGUAAAAUUUCAGCAAUUUUAAGAAAUAUAUUUUAGUUAGUUCUCUGUUGCUUUGCCUACAGUUUUAUACAGAAAAUGACAUCGUGAAACGAGGGAGUUCAAUAAGGAUUUGUAAACAACAGCUUAUCCAAGGCGGCAAUUACAGCUUUAACAACUAAAUAAUAUAUAGCGGCAUUUACAGAACGCAAAUCUUAGGCAUGUUCAUAUGGAAGUGAGCUACCUUUCUAAGAUCUAGACAAGAUCUAGGACUAAAAUAUUAUCUAAACUCGUUUUAUAGUUUUCCGGUGACUAUUUACAUGACACAAGCGAGUAACUCAUCUUGCCAUGCAAGAACCCGUCAGAGAGAGAACAGGCAGGAAUAAAUUCAAACUAUUACAAGUGGUAACAUGCAGAUACAAAUAUUUCCACUAAUUACCAACGGCAAAUAAUAACCGAACCACAACAACGGUAAAUCAAUCAGAAUGAUCAAGAAUGAAGUUCUAGCUAGUAAAACCAUUUUCUAAAAAAAAAUUCAGUAUGAUGUCACGCUGUAGUAUUCAUGUCCCCUACUUCGGAGAAGAGAUAUAUCUUAUUCGAGUAGGCCCGCAUGUGCUUGUCCUAGUAUAGCUAUACGAGAAGCAAGAUUUUCAGAUGAAUUGCGUAUUUAUCAUUAAUAAAAAGACUGAACCUUGAGAACCUUAUAUUCUCUCAAAUUCUCGAUAUCCCAUGUUAUAAUUAAAAGUCAGCACAGAAUGGUCUUAUUGCACAUUUAAUCGUAUGGGAAAAGGCCCGCAUCAAGACAUUGUCCCGGCAGUUGUAAUUUCUUUAAAAAGCCCUGAGUGACUUUCAUUAAUCUGACACACACAUGCACUGACACACAUGGAUUAAUGGAAGCACUUUUCUAUACCACCGUCCAUAAAAACUGAAUCUUCAAUUGAGUUUUGAGAUUUAUAGUUUUCACAAUAAUUAUACUUUGACGAAAUUGUGGCAAAUGUGAAUAGUUAAUUGUAGAAAGAAUGCAUGAAAAAAGUAGUUGAUCCUUUUAUAUUUUUCCGUGAACAAGUCUUUGAAAACCUAUUUUAAAACGGUUAUAAUUUCUCAAAAGUGCUGUCUAAACGCGGAAAAUGGAAUUUCACAAAGACAAAAUCAAGAAUUUUCCGUGGUAGGGUGUGGGUGGUGUUGGUUGGUGGAAGUGGGGGGAGUACUCUCCCACUAAAAUUCAAUCUUCUUCCGAAAAAACGGUAGCAGACUAAACUGACACGUCUUCAAUAUCAUUGCAGGAUUGCCGAGAAACCAAACAAAUAUUUUCAACAAGUAAGUCAAGGAAUACCAUAAAGAAAAACGUCUAUGUUAAUGGACCUUUCCCCUUAUAACUAAAAUUUUGAUCUAGACAAAAAUUUCAUCACAGCUUGAAAGAGCAUCACAAAAUUAGUAAUAUUCCAAAGUUUCGUUGCGAAAUGUUGUAAAAUGUGGAUAAUAUAGCCUUGCGAAGUUUGCCGUUUUUCAGACAUUUUGUAUUACGCAUGGGAAAUUGACAGCCCAAUUGGGUGUUGGGGCAUCAAUUUCCCGUUUGUAAAACAAAAUGACUGAAAAUUGCAAAUUUCGCAAGGCUAUAUUAUCCGCAUUUUAUAACAUUUCGCAACGAAACUUCGGAGUAUUACUAAUUCUGUGAUGCUCUUUCGAGCUGUGAUGAAAUUUUUGUCUAGACUUGUCUAGAACAAAAUUUUAGUUAUAAGAGGAAAGGUCCAUUGAUCAUAAAGUUUAAAAAUUAUCAGUAUAUUUCAUUAAAAUAGAAUCAAUAGUCAAGUCUCAAAUAUGUCGAAACAAUACAGAAUAUAUGGUUGUGUCAGCAAAUUGUAAGACUAUCUCAUUUAAUAUAUAAUUCAAAAAGAAUAUAUGUAACAAAAAUGCGCAUGUAUAAGCAAAACUUUUUUAUUCAAUAUCAUCUGAACUAGCAGUAAUUGCUUUUAGGAACAAAGAAGUGUCUGUCGUUCAAUUCGUGCAAGGAAAUACUGGAAGAAAAUAAGUAUGCAUGAUAUUGUGUGUUUUUUGUAAUAUUACACACAACAAUACUAUAGUUUUAACGAUGGGAAAAGUGACAAUAUUAUAUUGUUAAUAGACUGUACUGUUUGUUGAACUGUUUCAUACCUCAGUGACCUCGUUUUCAUGUGGUUAUAUUCUCAUGAUUCGUGCACAAUAGCGAUAAGAAUAGGUUUGUGACUGGGCACAAAAUCAAGGGGAAACAUAAUUCGUGCAUGAAACAUGGGGAUGUAACCUCCAUGCAUGUGAGCCUGCCAUGCUAAAACAUGCAGGCAUGCAAACAUGAAAACGAGGUCAUUGCAUAUAGGGUAAAAGUGCAUUAAACAGUAAAGUCUAUUAAUUAAGUUUAUUAAACCCUUAUAUUGUAGAGUUCAAUCAUGCAGUGAUUUGUUCUAUCUAGAGAUAAAAGUGGGAGGCAUCUCUCCUUAAUAUGUUACUCAGGAGAAAACCGGAUUAAAAUGGGCUAAACUAUAUUCAGAAAAUUGCUUUUUUUACUAUUUAGUACAAUCAACUGAGAUGCAAGUAAAGUGAAAUUAUAAUAGCCCAUUGCAUAUUACAGGAAUCGAGCUCCAUGCAAUCACAGAGAAAGAAGACACAUGCAUGUGUACUAACGAUGGCUAGACCAAUAGACAAUUCCAGCUUUUAGUUUAUGCGUGCAGGGAGUGAUGGGAAGUAAGUAUUGCUGAUUAUGCUGAAAAAAAUAAAAAUUGCGGCCGCGUAAACAUGGAGUGAUAGCUUAUACUUGUAAAUAUUGAAAUAUUUCAGUUGUUUCGGCAGUUUGUAUUGAAAAUUUUCAGCAUAAUCAGCAAUAUAUGAUACCUUACUUCCCGUCACCUCCUGCGCGCAUAAAUUAAAAGCUGGAAUUGUCUAUUCCUGUCGAGUAUUUUAGGGAGGCUAAUCUCACUCUCAUGGGCAUAUGCAAAUUUUGACAUCAGGUAUUUGAAGUAUAUAUUAUUGCACUGCAAGUCACAGGAAAAAUUACUUCUUUAGUAUGACUUAAUUUAUAUCUGCAAAUUUCUUUCGCAAUACAUAGAAAUGCCGAAAGCGGAACUUACACAUUAUAUGCUGGUUCGACACAACCAUACGAUGUAUUCUGUCACAUGACCAGAAUUCAAGAAUGCGGAGAUAGGAACGGUUGGACACUUGUUAUGAAAGUGAAUGGAACUAAGGUACGCAAGUGUAUAAGCUUCAAUUUAAACUAAUGCCUCUGAUUUUCAGACUACAUACGAAAAACAUUAAUUUUACAAUCAUUAUAGCUUGUUAUAUCAAUCGUUACUGUUCUGCCUGGGUCAUCCAUCAUUCCUACGUACACGUCAGGAAGAAGCCAUAAAUUACCCUGAGAAAACUUUAGAAAUCGUUACACGAUUGAAAGCACUUCCAUACUACGUCCUGUGCCACAUCCCUAAGAAAUACAGAAGAAUUUCUUUAAAAGCUAAAUGAUUUUUAUUAAAAUCUUUAUGCAGGAGUAUAUACAGUUCCGCCUAUUCCCGCUUUUGCUAUUUAUUGUGUUUAUAACAGCAAAAGCACCGUAACAAAAGCUAUUAUAUUAUAAGUAUAUAACUAUAUAUUCAAAUUAGUGUUCUUUCUACUUCUUUUAAAUUAAGAGAACAUUUGGUCACAAUUCGCCUUACUGGAUGAACAAGGAAAGUUAUGCAGUUGAAGAUGGACUUGAAGGGUUAACAGAGAAAGAAAGUAAACUGGCCUCUUAUUGGAACACUCCUUUCAAGAAAAUAUGUCUUGGUAUGACCGUUGAUGGUGACAGAAAAUGGAUGAUGUUAGAUUACGAAGCAAAUUCGCUGUACAGUGUGAUCGCAGAUGGAAAACACCGAAAAACAGCCGCUGGACUUGCAGCGUGGGCUUCGCUAAUCAAUAAAGUAUAUUGGUGGCACAGGGGCUGUAAAAUAGAAGGCUUCAAUGUAAAGAAAGGCAGUUUGUCAGCCCGUAUUGGUUUUGCUUCUAAUGAACCAGCGUUGUGCGAUGGCGUUGGCUCAGCUAUUGCUUUCGGUAUGCAAUUUAAGAAAGUCAGUGCGGCGAAGAAUAGCGAGAUAUCAGCUGGAUAUGCUUAUACAUCCGAAGAAUAUUUUGAAACUAGAGCAUUCGGAUAUAUCUUAGUUUCUUAGUGUAUCAGCAUGUGGCACAACACCAAAUAGCCACGUCUGGUCAAAACUAUAUUAUUACCUUAUAACUUCUAAAUAUAACGCUAUCAGUGAUAAAUAGAUAUAGAUAGGUAAGAUAGCUACAUAUAUAUACACAUUGUCAUAUUGAUAUCAUCAGAUUGCUCUCAAGAUUCCUCUUGGACGAAACAGGCUGUAGUGGCAAACCUUAUUGUGACAUACGAAGUAUAUACAUAUAUAGCCGGUGACAUACGAAUUAAGUUCGAAGUGUCCCGCCAUUUUCAUUCUUGUUUGGAAAAUACAAAUGGUCUUCAGUCCGUAUAUAAAACGAAAUUAACGUCGGAAAUAAAACGGAAAGUAGGCCUACUAUACCUAUAUCAAAGAGUUUCGCAAAAACACUUGAAAAGACAACUAUGGAAUUUACUAUGGGAAAUAUGGGGCAAGUUUGCUUUCAUUUAAUGUUUAAUGCAUGUUUAUGAAUUUUGUUGCUUUAACUUAUAUAUAUAUAUAUAUAUAUAUAUAUAUAUAUAUAUAUAUAUAUAUAUAUAUAUAUAUAUAUAUAUAUAUAUAUAUAUAUAUAUAUAUAUAUUUCUUGCUAAGCCGAUAUUGUGACGAUACAGUGAAAUUCAUAUUUCAAUCUUUGAAUUUGUAAUCUUUGAGAGUAAUAUGAUACUCUUUCGGCUGCAACACAUGAUUAAUCUGUUGCGUUUUAACAUUUCUUUCUGAAAAGAAUAUUUUAUUAUUGUCUCGUAACACACGAAGACUUAGAAUUUUACUAUUUUUAAAAAUUACAAAUUCAGAAACAAUUUCAAUACGUAACAAAUCAUUGCCACCACCUCGCCCUAAAUAGCAAUUUAUUUCAGCACCCAAAAUCUGGGAGCCACGUGACCAGCCGGCACCAGCUAGGGUAUUUCCGCGGCAGGGUGUGAGCGAAGGUAAUAUCCUGAGUACGAGGUUGAUUUUAUUGCUCCCUGCAGGCUACAAUACAGUGCAUUAUAAACCAACAUGCAUCUAUUCAAUAUUAAUACCUCCUAAAUAAUUAUGAACUACUUUGAUAUAAAUAAGAAAGACAGUUGUAUUAAAGGACCCUAAAUUGCAUAGCAUAUCGUUUUUUUUCAUUUUAAAAUUAAUUUUAGUGCAAACAUUAAUUUGACAGUUAUAUAUUACACAUAAUAAAUAUAACUUUCGGCGAUGCUAUAUAUACUGUGUGCUGUGAAUUUAGAAAUGUAAUCUAUAAAUCCAUUUUACAACAGUCAUAAGUCAGUGCAGGCAGAACAGUAAUUACUUUUAGUCACAUAACAUGCAUGCAGUAACGGAAGAAUAUAAACAAGCUUUCGCUGGUAGGGAUGCAACUACCAGAAAAAUAUAAGGAUAAUUUCGACGUUUCGAGCGAAGGUCCUUCGUCUGAAGUAACUAGCGGGAAAAUAUAAGCGUCACGUGACAAAAAAACCAACCAAUCAGAUGGAUUUAGUCAAAACAAAGUAUAAACAAAAAAUUUAAUCAAUGCAGCACAGAGAAUAUAUAUUAAUACAAAUAUACAGAAAACUACAGCAAAUACUGGAAGAAUGCAGUUGUUGCUGUUGUUGUUGUAAAAUGCAAGAAUUUCAAGUUAAUUUGGGAGAAACUAUGUCCCGUCAGUCUUCGAUGUUAUCCUUCGUCAAACAUGUCCGUAUUUCGUUCGUAAUAGGCCUACGGCUUUGUUGGUUGUUGAUAUUUCUUAAUUUUCAAACUUUUGGAUUUGGGAUUGACUUUUGCUUUGAUGGCUCUAAGGAAGGUAUAGGUUUUCAUGAACUACGAUUUUUUCAAAUGACUCAAUUAUUUUAAAGAAAAUAAUUACAUGAAAGUUAAUAAUAUAAAAUGCAGCAUAUAGCUGAGAACUUCAGAUAUAAAAUAUUUAAAUGGCGCAUGCAGUUAUACUUUUAGCCGUAUAUAAGCGUGUGCAUGAAAGAAGCGUCCUUUUGAAUGCACUAGAUAAAGUUAACCAUUUAAGGGCCUCGACUGCUCAUAUGAGCCCAUGUAGCUAACCGGAAACUCGCCCAGUGAGAUCCGCAUGUCAAUGCUAAAGCAUAUAAAAUUCAAUUCGUGUUCAUAUGAGAAACGAGCGAGCUCGGCUGUAGGUCAGAUCUCACCUUGCGGAAGGUGGGAUCUUAGUGAAGUGGGAUAAAUUCAGUCUCCAUAUGAACACUACGUCCCACCUGACUGGGAUACUUGCCUAUAAUAUAGUAUUGAACUUUUGACCUAUAAUAUAGUACUGAACGGCAUAUUCAGAAAGCAUAAACAAAAAAUAAACAAUAAAAACAUUUUGAAGUCGCAAAGGUUGCAUAAUGUCGUCCCGCAUACUGAAAUCAAAUAUUGUGAUGGAUUUUCUGGCGAAUUAUCACGUCAUUUAUAGCCUAUAGUCUAUAGUCUGCAUGAAUGUAGAUGGAAUUUUGUAGAUGCAAUUUUCGAACGAAGAUUUAUAUACAAAUACAGACGGGAGCAACUGCGAAAAAUUCAAAUUUACCCUAUCCCACGCACAAAUCGAACACCUGCGGCCCUGAAUUCCAGUCAUUUUGAACGAAUUUUUCAAAAGAUAAGUACGUAUAUGGGUAAGUACAGUAUAUGGCCUAAAAUUAAUCUUCCGUUCCCCUUUAAAGAUCAUUUUUUCAGAGGUACAGCAAUCAAAAUUGUUCACGUCCAAUCUGGAGUGGAUUGUAUCCUACAGUGUAUGCUUCAAGAUAAAUCAUGCAGAUCUGUAAACUUCAGAAAAAUGUCGUUUAACAAUGGUACUGGAAAUUGUCAGUUUCUUAAUGGUGUUGAUUCAGCAAAUCCAGAGCUAUUACACGAAGAUGAAAACUUUGACUAUUACAUACUACUUCAGCCCAACAGGGUAAGUAUCAGUAUAGAGCUACAGUAAUGCAGUGUCAACAAUGAUAUAUGCUGGAAAUUGUGAAUUGCUAUAUAUAGAAGCUCUGCAUUUUCUGAAUCGAAUCCAUACGAAGAUAAAUACUUUCAUUCACUUUUAAAUACUAGAGUAUAGGUGUCAAUCAUGUGGUGCUCAAAGAUUUUAACUACUAGCCUAUACUCCAUAGCAUAUAGCGCUAAUAAAAAGAUAGCUGGUCUUGAAAAAUAAUUUGUUGCAACUUGCAUUGUGAACAUCCAUCUCGAACGGUAUAGCUACUAACUUCACGACGAAGGUCGAACAGUUUCGCUUAUAUUUUUCAGAUACAGUUAUACCUCUCUCAAUCCAAUAAAUCUCUCAUGCCAAUAUUUCUAUAAAAACUCAUAACCUAAUGUGACUAAAUUUCCUUUAAAGUCUUCUUGACAAUGUAUUCAUAAAAUAAAAUUUCCUCCACAGCAAUGAUACACGGAUACAGACAUUUUAAGUAUUGUCAACAAUCGAAAUGUAAUCACCACAAACAAAACAAAUUCCAUUUUCAAUUUCAUUCCAUAUCAUCCUUACGAUUUUUCUUCCAUAUUUAGACUGGAAUUGUAAGCAAAAGUACAUGCAAAGAAUUAUUGGAAGACGAUCCGUAAGUAUACCCUCCGUUUCUAACUAUUAAUUUUAAUUAAUUGUUUAAAGAUUGGCAUCAGCAUUUAAUUUUUCGCAAACAAGCCCAGACAUAGGCCAGAUAUUCCUCAAUGUUGAAGCAAGCUGGAAACACUCUUUUCAAUUUUUAGAGAAAAUUAUAAUCGGACAAUUGUAUAUAUAUCACAGGAACUGAACACCAGCAGCAUAUAUGAAAUGCAACUGUUCGUGCGGUACCAUCUGAGUGCGAUACUAUAGAACACUUCAGUAUUCGAACCAGAAAUAAAUGUUAUAUUAUAAUACCUUUCUUUUCAGCAAUCUCAAGAACGGAAUCUACUAUCUGCAAGCCAAAGCUUCUUCACAAAAAUAUCCAGUUUACUGUCACAUGACCGCAAUUCCGGGAUGUGGGAAAGGAGGUUGGACACUAGUUAUGAAAACAGACGGAGAUAAGGUAUAUUUGACUUAGAAAUAUCGAUGACAGUCAAACUGAUGAUGACAGUCAAAACUGGCUAACUCUCUCUCAUAUUGUUCCGACCUAAUUUACAACUUUGGAUAAUUUGCAUGGCUGGUUGUUAUUAAAGAGUAUAUAUAUACUAUUAUAAUAUAGCAUUUGUAAAUUCUGAACGCUGAUUUGCUAAGAGCCGUGUUGGCAUAACUCAAUGUCAACACGGAAACGUCGGAAAAUUUCUUUCUUUAUAUUUCUUUCCACACAAUUUCUCGUUUUCCCAAUUUCCACUCGUGUUGAUAUAACUGUAUAUCAACACGGAAAAUGUUUUAUAUUUGUUAAGUAUAAAAUUACCUAUGUAUAGUCACAGAUGAUAGAUAAUACGAGAUGAAUCACUGUGUAUCUAUCCCUAUGAUUUUCGUGUCCGCGAUUUUCGCGAGUCUAUCACGCCAGAUGACGCGUGCGACACUUACUGCCAAAAUGGCGCUUACUGCCAAAAUGCGUGAUUGCUCAAGUUUCACGGCGUGGAUUACACUUACUGCCAAAAUGGCGGCCAACGCGUGCUCAUAAAAAUCGCGGACACAAUUUUGGCUGAGUGAGUCAUCUGGUAUUAUCUAUCAUCUGUGGUAUAGUGCAACCACGUUCCAGGCUUGGUAAUGAUGAUAGUUGUAUAAGCCUUUCACUCGAUCAUACAAUCAGUUCCAAUUUUUAUUUUCACUUCACUCUAUAUGGCUAUAUUCCUGUUAAUUGGACAAUACUGACGUGGAAUGUGAAUUAUCAAAAUUGUGAAUGAAGUUUACAAAACAAGCGUUAGACUAAGUCAUGCAGAUGCAGAAUGGAUUUUUGUCGACAUCCAAUUCUUGUUAAAAACUUCAAAAACUCAUUAGUAAUUCAUGAAGCAAUUAUCCAAUCUUGAGUAAGAAAUUAGUCACGUGCACACGUCUUUAUACCAGCUAAAGAACACUUUAACAAAAGACCAUUGUUAUGCAAACUAUGUAAAGAUUUUUAUAUAAAGAUUUUUAUAUAAAGAUUUGACUUAUUAUGCAAACGUUUUUGAAGCCAUUUAAAAAACUCGCAGCAGUCGUGUUUUAUUAGGUCUAAAGCCACUCGCGUUGCGCGCUCGUGGCUUUAAACCUAAUAAAACACUCCUGGUCGUUUUUUAAAUAGUACUUAAAUACCGGUACUUGUCACUAUUGAUCAAGUUUCAAGAUUCAUGGUGCAUCUAUAAAGCAUAGUAGCUAUGGUACGUGUCAAGGGUAUGCAUGGAAGCACCUGAAAAUAUAUGCAAAAGGUUGACGUUGCGAGCGGAAGUCCUUUUUCGAAACGUCGAAAUUUUAAUUUGCUUAUAUUUUUUAGGUAGUUAACAUCCUAAACACCGCAGCUACUGUAUUUGUUAUCGUCUCUAUUUACACUGACACAAGAUUGCAUUUAAAACAGGAAAACGAUAACGAAAAUUUAACUUGGAUAUAGCUUACUAUAAUAUAUCACUAAACAAAAAUACUGCUUUUCUAAUUAUUGUAGCAAACGUUUGGCUAUGAUUCCCCUUACUGGACGAACAAAGAAGGUUAUGCAGUUGAAGAUGGACUUGAAGGACUAACAGAGAAAGAAAGUAAACUAGCCUCUUACUGGAACACUCCUUUCAAGAAAAUAUGUCUUGGUAUGACCGUUAAUGGUGACAGAAAAUGGAUGGUGUUAGAUAACGAAGCAAGUUCGCUGUAUAGUUUAAUGGAAGAUGGAAAGUACAGGUUCACAUCCGCUGGAAGGGAUGCAUGGAAGUCGCUGAUCGCAGGAUCAUCUUUACAACCAAACUGCAAUAAAGAGGGCUUCGGUGUCUUUUACAACGGGAGAAUUGAAAUGUGCAUCGGAUUCACAGCAAACAAAUGACAAUGAUUGUUUAUCGCCUGAUUCUUGUAUUGGGUUUGGCAUUUUUUACAAAGCUUGUUAUAAAACGAAAUUGAGUAUAACAUGCGGUAAUAUUGCACUGUGUAAAGAAAACGAUAAUGGAAAAAAACGAACUGUGGCAUUUGGCUACAUUUUAGUUCAGUAGUUACCUUAAUUUAAUUGCAACCAUGCAUGCUUUUAAGUAAUUUUGGAAGAUAGAAAAUCAAGGAAAGGUAUUAAAUUACGUCUUGCUACAAUGUCUGAUUCGUAAAGAGUUAUAAUUAAUGUAUAAAAAUUAUACAACUCCAUACACCAUUUUCCAUUUCUGCAAACACAAAAUUUAAUAGUGGAAUCAGCUUUAAUAUAAUCUUUAAUUAUAUCGUAAUCUUUUCCACAAAUGUAAUAAACAUACUAUGCAUUUUCGUUGAAAAUAUUAUAACUUUUACAAAAUGCAGCAAGUAUGGAAUAUUAUAAUUCUCACUGAUGUCUAUUGAAAUCAUUAUAUAUUAAAGGUAUAUGCAUGCAUGGAUGUUCAACAUUGUAAAAUAUUAAAAAAAAUAAUAUACAUGCUGAGAAUUUUACACUUUAGUUAUAUGCCGACAAGCAAUGUUUAUUGAAUGUUAAUUUUCAUUUUAUUGCACGCAAAUGUAUAUGUUAAUAAAACUAUAUAUGCUAUAUAAUAAUUAUGCGCUAUAAUAUUUUGUUUUAUUUAUGCAUAGAGAGAAAGACAAAUUAUAAAGCGCAAUUUAAUUGCACGGCACAUCAGUUUUAAAAAUUUUAAUUUGACAACAUGUUAUAUGGGUCAUGUUCGGUAAACAAUAAAUUAUAACCUCCAUGAAUGCAUGUAUGUAUGAAACGAGAAAUAUAUCUAUACGUUCACUCAAGCCAACCAUGAGAAGAAACAAGGAAUAAUUAUCAUCUAUAUAUAUAGGUAGCCUAGUGUUAAAAUGUCACAACUUCAAGUUUGGUGUCUGUCUUUGAAAAUUUUCUUCCUGAAACCAGAUCGUUCUAUUUUUGUCCGCUUGCACUUUUGUUUGUUGAUGUUUUUUAAUUUCCAAACUUUUGGACAUGCAAUCGACUUUUGCUAUGAUGGCUCUAAGGAAGGUAAGUUUUGACGAUCUGCGAUUAAUUUUACCCUUAAGGCCGGCGCUAGAUAUACACCUGAGAAGGCAUAUCAGAGUUUUGAGGGGAAAGUAUACAUGGGCACCUCAUGCAGACAGUAAAGGUUGUUUUCUUCAAUGGUGACGCGUGCACCGCAUCUGGCGGAUAUCAUCAGUGUUGGGCAACAUCGUUGACGAAACAAAGAAGUAUACGCUAUAUAUACGUUUCGUUACGAUAUGCUUAAAAUAGAAAAUAGGCUUAUAGGUGUAAACGGCUAAUAGGUCAUAGCUUUUCUCAUCACUUGUUGGAUUAUGGAUUUUGGUGCCAUCUCUUAGUCAGAAUUCUAGAAUUGGGGAGUGUUUCUAAAUUUUAAGGGUGUGUAUAUAUAAAUAUGCCAAUUGCCUAGCAUAUAGUCAUACAGAAGCACGAUUUCAGUUAUGCCCGCCAACAGUAUGUGUGUCAGUGGUUGUUCUAUUCUUUACAACCAAAUACAAAAAGAGCAUACGCUCAUACUGACAUUAUAUUACAAUAAGUAAUUUUAGGAACUCUUUGGGGAUAUUCAAAGCUAAUGCAUGCAUGCGGUUCCCAUGUAACCUAUAUCCAUCAAAACAUAAACACACAUUACGACUCAUCGCGAAAAUUCAGGUUUUUACCGCACUUCAUGCAAUUUUGAAAAAACGUGAGUUUUGAAAAAUUCUUGAUACAGAUAUAGCACAAGUUAUUUUAUUUGAAACUUGGUAGUUGCAAUAAUUCGCGUUUUUGUGAAUUCUACAUCAGAAAUUUUGGCGAAACAAGAAGAAGUUCGGUAAAAUCAGGCAUAAAUGAAGGGAAGCAAAUUCUGCAUGCAUGCAUGUCUGUUGUAAGUGCAUGGCAACACUCUAUUUUAUGAAUCUAUUUAACCAAGAUAAAUAACGAAUUAGCCGUUUUCGCUAUAGUUAACCUUUUUUAUAUUUUUACCGGACUCUGGCAACACGGCCUUGCAGUUAAGACCCUGAGUCUGGGUGGGCGGCGCCCGGCGAAAAGAGAAAAGAAAACACGAUGUAUAGCAUGUACAUUAGGGACCAGUCAUUAUUUAUGGUGGGGGGUGGCACCGAAGAGAAAUGUUUUUCGUGUCGAAAAUUUUGCUGAUCCAACCAUUAGAAAGUCAAAAAUUUGAUUACCCAACCUCAAAUAUCAAUUAGAAAAUAAAUACCCACCCCUGGCCAAAACCUUUACAAAAGGAUACCAUUCAGUUGUCGCACAUGUCCUUUACCACUUCUGUGACACGAGUUUGAUAACGGCUUGUGCAAUUUUCUGCAGUCUAAAGUUUCAUGUUGUCUGCACAUGUACUUUCUUUGGAGACACCAUUUGUCUCCCAACAAAUCGGAAAAUGAUCAAGAUAGACAAGAGAGUGACUCUGAUUGAUUCACAAUUGUAUUUACAUAUGACUGUUGACAUUGCUUUUCAGUCUCCAAUAUUUAAGUGAGUCGUGCUUUGGAAAUGACAAUAAUUUUUUAUUACCCAACCUUUGAGUUGUUUUGUUUAUCAUUUACCCAACCUUUUACUUACUCAAAAAAUUUUUACCCAACCCUUUUCUCUUCGGUGCCACCCCCCGCCUUAAAUAAUGACCGGUCCCUUACAAAGUUGAAGAAUAGAUGGUUAUAACUUUAUUUACUAGUUCAUUUCUCACCUAGCUUUAGAAAACACACGACCUGGGAAAUCCAAUGUCCAACCAAAAUAAUUUAAAUACAAUCUUUAACCCUUUCAGGUCGUCGUUUGGACAGUGAAGUGAUCAAAUUUGUUCACGCCCAGUCUGGAGUGGAUUGUAUCCUUCAAUGUAUGCUUCAAGAUAAAUCAUGCAGGUCUGUAAACUUCAGAAAAACCUGCGCAGAUAACAAUGGUACUGAAAAUUGUCAGUUACUUCACGACGUUGCUUCAGAAUAUCCAAAACUUUUACACGAAGAUGAACUCUUUGAUCAUCUCAUAUUACUUCAACCCAACAGAGUGAGUAUGAAUGGAACUUUAUCUAAUGUUUGUUUUUCACUUGAAUCGAAUGUUAUCAAACACAUUAAGUAAGCAAGUGGGGUUCUGCCAAAUUGAACAUCCUUAUACUUGAAUACAGCUCAACCUGAAAGAGUCGAUCGACUCUGAGCCUUCGAAGGCUUUCUAUAAGGGUGCCUUCUUGGCAGCCACCUUACAACUCAUGUUUGAUCACUGAGGACAGCAACGGAAGACAGGGGCUAAUCCUAACCCGCCCAUUCUCUGUGAGUAUACCUCGAGAAAACAACGCACGCACGACUUUCGGCAGACUCUUUCGCAUAAUUGACAUGAGACCGCAACAAAAAUCGAACCAACGAUCUCCGGAGGUGAAAGGUGCUUUCCCUGACGAUUGUGCCACUAAAGUCCCUGUUGUCAACGUGUGUCCUGAAUGCACAAUAUUUCGAAAAGAGGAAAGGCAAACACAAUUUCGCACGAAUUGGUCUUUUCAAGCAAUCUAAAAAGCAUCGCUAUAUAAAGAAGCGCCUCCGCAAAAACUCAUGACACAUAUAUCGCCACUACAGGCGAAUAACGUCUUCAAUUUAAUUCCUUACGCAUUUUUUCCCUUCUAUAUAUGUAGAUUGGAAUUGUAAGCAAAAAUAGUUGCCAAGAAUUGUUAAGGGAAGACCCGUAAGUAUCCUAGAUUUUUGCUUUUUCUAAACGUUUUUCACGUCCUGGGCCUCAGGCGACGAUGUAAGGUUCAACUAUAACGUUUCCUGCUUGAUGAUUUGAUGAUUCCACUAUAUCUUGGAAUCUUGAUAUCUUAAUGAUUCCACGAUAUCUUGGAAUCUGUGGCAAGUGGUAAAGAAGUUGAUUAUAUUGCACCCUGGUUGGACCCAAGUUGGAAUACGCGAGUAAUGCCUAGUCCCCUAAUACCAUCAAGCAUCGCUCGAUAAUUGACAAUGUUCAGCGCCGAGCGACUGAGAUUAGUCCAACAUACUCAUGAUGCAAGCUUUGCUUUUUUUCACAACCAAAACAUCGUAUUAAAGAGUAAACUGGGAUUGGACUACUUUUAGACUGGGAAAAUGGGAUUUGGGAUUGGAAUGAUCAGACAAAAAAUGGGAAUGGGAAAACCAUAUACCAUUACAAAGCCAGAGUUAGUAAAUAGCUUUAAGAAAAGCUAUGGAGCAAGAGUCGGGGGGGGGGAUCGCAUUCUGCCUUUCUCAUUCUGCAUUUUUCCGCAAUUGCGAUUUACUGUUUUUCUUAUACAUGGCGUGGGCUUGGUUCGUCAUGUAAGUGUAUGUAUAUUGCAUGCUACUGAGUCUAAUUAAUUGUAUAGGAAGUGAAAGGUAUUUAUAGACUUCGAACAUUUUGAUUGACAAUGCUGGAGAUAAAAUAAAUGCGUUUAAUUGUGUUUCCAAGUCAACACAUGCAUGGAUGACAAUGACGAAUACUUGCUCUACUUCAGCUCUAGGGUCUUCUUUCAAUUUGACAUUUUGGACUGGGAUUAUAAUAAAAACUGCAUGGUUGGGAAAUGAUAUAUAGAGAAAAAAGGGACGAAAAAUGGAAUAAAAACCCGUUUACACUACGCUCAAUUUUGGUACCCGUACCAUUAAAAGCCAAGCAUGGAUAAAUUUGGUACGAGUACCAAUUUUAUCCCUGCGGUACCAAAAAUUGAGCGUAGUGUAAACGGAGAAUAUUCCGCUUCAGGACCCUCUAUUAUCAACAUGCAAACGUGCCAAGAACUUAUAAUCUGAUAGCUUAAUAUCGAAGCAAUGGAACCAUUGAGUGAAAUCUGCUCUACCAAUAACCCCAAAUAAAUUUUACCACAUUAGCAAUAUUCUUUUCAGCAAUCUUAAGGACGGAAUCUACUAUCUACAAGCCAAGGCUUCAUCGCAAAAAUAUCCAGUUUACUGUCAAAUGACUGGGAUACCUGGAUGUGGAGGAGGAGGCUGGACACUAGUCAUGAAAACAGAUGGAUAUGAGGUGUGUCAUGAGACUUUUCAGUUUUCAUUCUUAAAUGUUUAAGAAAAAACUUUACUACUGUAUAAACGAAAUAGGCAAACACAUUGUUCAAUGUAUAGAGAUGCCAUACAACUAUUUAUUAAAUCCCGAAAUAAAUUAUCUACUUAUUUUAUUAUCAGCAAACAUUUGGCUAUAGCUCGACUUUGUGGACGAACAAAGAGAGUUAUGCAGUUGAAGAUGGACUUGAAGGACUACCAGAGAAAGAAAGUAAACUGGCCUCUUAUUGGAACACUCCUUUCAAGAAAGUAUGUCUUGGUAUGACCGUUAAUGGCGACAGAAAAUGGAUGAUGUUAGAUUACGAAGCAAGUUCGCUGCACAGUGUGAUCGCAGACGGAAAAUACCGAAGCACAAGCGCAGGACGACCUGCAUGA